AUGGUUAAAAUAUUUUCAGAAUUUGAUUUUGUGGAUUCAGGAGCCAGGCCUGGAUCCUCCUACACGAUGUUUGCCGGUUCCUUGCCCGAGGAUGUGGCCUACACUAAAGUACUCUGGAGCUCCCUGUCCCUGCAGCUGUCACUCGAGGCCUGUCUGGUGUCCGGAGACAUCAAACAGCGGCUGAGGUUGCCCAACCUCCGGGGCCAGAGCGCUGCUGGGUUCAAUGUUGUCACUGUCAGCCGACCUAGGAAGAUAUCAAAUCUAAACCACCUGAUUGAAGCUCAUGUGCAGCUGAAAGCAGAUGAAAAGGCAAGGUUAUUGGAGAAGGCAAAGAAACGAGAAGAGAUCUUGGAGUUGAUCAAUAAACAGAGGGAAGAAAGAAUACAGAAAGCCUGCAUGCCCAGAGAUCAGCAGCGAGGCUGA